UCUGAACUUAUAUGCAGACAGAAAAUGGCAGUUUUAUAGUGCCAUGUUUGCAGGAGAAUGUUCUUUGUUCCAUAGUUCUGCAUGGGACUGUGCUUUCACCCGGAUAUUACAGAAGAAGAUAAAAAGGCUAAACUUCACAGCUCCAAAAUAGAGAGAGACCUUUUUGAGCAAGCCAAGGCUGAGAUGAAUGUAGUGAAACUCCUCAUGCUUGGACCUGCAGAGAGUGGAAAGAGCACCCUGAUCAAACAAAUAAAAAUAAUCCACAGUCAGGGCUUUUCCAAACAGGAGCUUCUGAGUUUUAAGCCUGCAGUACUAGACAACCUCCUGACCUCUAUGAAGUUUGUGCUUCGAGGGAUGGGGAUGCUGAGGAUUAACCUCGCAAACAAGAAGAACAAGCUGCACGCCCAGUCUGUCCUGUCCUGCACCCAGUCUUUGAGGGACGACCGGGAGCUGCUUCCUUAUGUGUCUCGUGCUUUAUGUGCACUUUGGGCUGAUGACGGAGUACGAGCUGCUGCAUCCAGAGGCCACGAGUUUGAGCUGAAUGACUCCGCACUCUAUUUCUUUGAAAACAUGAGUCGGAUCAUCUCCCCGAACUACAUCCCCUCAGAAAUGGAUGUUCUGAGAGUGAGAGUGAGGACCAGCGGAAUCAUCGAGACACAGUUUCAAGUUAAUGAAAUUACCUUUCGGUUGUACGAUGUCGGAGGCCAACGCAGUGACAGGAGGAAGUGGCUCAACUUCUUUGACUGUAUUCAGGCCAUUUUGUUUGUCGUUGCCCUGAGCAGCUACGAUAUGACUCUGGUGGAAGAUCCCUCAGUGAAUCGGCUGCAGGAAAGUCUCGAACUUUUCACAACAACCUGCACCAAUGCAAUUUUUAAAAGCACCUCACUGAUCCUGUUCAUGAACAAAACUGACCUUUUCCAGGAGAAGAUAUUACACUCUGGACGACACCUGAGAUUUUACCUUCCCUCUUAUCAAGGAGCAGAUGGUGAUGUGGAAGCUGCCGCCCAUCACAUUACCUCUAUGUUCUCGGAGUGCAACACAAACCCUGACAAACCUGUGUACCACCACUUCACAAUGGCCACAGACACCGCCAACAUCCAGGUGGUCUUCCAGAUGGUCAUCGAUCAGAUCGUGAAGGAGAAUCUCGCAGCUUUCCAGCUGCUGUAAACGUUACCUAAUAACACUUUGAAUGUCAUAAUACAGCACUUUCUUUUAAAACAUUUUAAAUAAACUAUUUAUUGACCAAGA